UAUGGUCGUGGGCAGCUACGCGGGCCGUUCGAGGGCAGCGGCGGGAAGCCGAGCCGAGCCGAGCCGGGCAGCCAUGGCCAAAGUGUGGCAGCAUCCUUAUCUGAACAUCUUUAAACAUUUUAAAGUAGAAGAAUGGAAAAGAUCUACCAAGGAUGGGGAUGUGACAACCUUUAUGGACAAGACUUUGAAAGGGACAGUGUAUCGCAUUAGUGGUGCUGUUCCGGCCAGCAACUACCUCCAGCUUCCCAAAACUGGCACCCAAUCUUUGGGUCUCACUGGUCGCUAUAUCUACAUCCUCUUCAAACCUGCACCAGGCAAAUAUUUUGUGGUGCAUCUGGAUGUGGCCACUGAGGACAGCCAAGUGGUCCGCAUUUCAUUUUCUAACCUCUUUAAAGAAUUCAAGUCCACAGCCACAUGGUUGCAGUUCCCAUAUAUUUGUGGGGCAGCCCGUGGGUCGGUCUAUGAAAGUACAGCCAAGACGUCUAAGCGAGAUCUGGUGGGCCUCGCCCCCAGCAACGUGCGGUGGACGUGCUUAAUCCUGGAUCUCCGCCACGUUCUCGGCCUCUACCUGAACAGAACCUACAGUCACCUCAAAAGCGUCAAGCUGUGCUCCAACCUGUCGGUGAAAAACCUCUUCACCAGCGAUUUGCUCUUUGACCCAGCGUUGACUUCUUCUGAGCCUCACCAUUCCAAGAUGGCAUUGCAUGGUUUCUCUCCCAUGCCUCGGGAAAUGGCAUUUCCUGUGCCCAAAGGAGAACUAUGGCACGAUCUCUAUGAUUACAUUCGGUUCCCUUCUGAUGAAUCCAAAAUGCCAUAUGACUCUAUUCAGAAAAGCACUUUGAAUUCCUAUGCUGGCACCUCCGAGCAACUCACACACCAGCAGGCACUGCAAGCUCCAUGUCCUGAGGUCUUUCUUCUUUGCUUUCCUUCCCUCUUUUCAACCGGCUGUCCCAAAGACGAGCCAGUGACCCAGAUUCCCAAGGACGUGUCUCUGAGCAAGCCAGUGCGGGACCGGGUGUCUCUCAUCCAGCAAAUCACCAGUCCCAAAGAGAUGCCUCGACAGUCUCCCCUUCUUACCAAGCACAUCCCCAAGAUUCACCCAUCAAGGUCCGAGCCUGUGUGGACAUCCUGCGUUGUGGACCAGAGCCUGAGAGAAGGGUCACGGGCCAGAGGAGAUUCCUGUUUUCCCCCCUCUUCGAUGGACGAUGGCAGCAUUCAUGUUUACGCCCACAACAAUGGGGACGACGCAGUCCGCGCGGUUACCAUUGACUCUGACGAGAACCAAUAUAUGCCGACAGCAGGGCCGAAGACCAUCUCUGCCAAGAGUUCUGUUCCCUGCACGACGCUGCUACCGGAUCCAAUUCUGAAGCUAAAGAAGAUUAUUGGGUUUGGGGGUUGCAGCACCAAAUGGGCAUUGUGGGCUUCCGGCAGUUCUGUAGUUGUUUACCCUUGCCACGCUCUGAUUGUAGCCAUAACAAUUGAUUCUGGCAAACAGAGGUUUUUUGCUGGCCACACCGACAAGGUGGCAGCACUGGCGUUCAACAACAAAAGCACUUUGCUGGCAUCCGCGCAGAUGGGAGAAAUGAGCGUAGUGCGUCUCUGGGACUUCCCAAGUGGGAAGUGCCUUUGCGUGUUUAAAACUGGGAUCCAUUCCAUCUCGUGCCUCAGUUUUUCAUACAGUGGAAAUGUCCUUUGUGGCACCGGGAAAGACAAACGUGGGAAGACGGUGGUGGUGGUGUGGAACACCAUCCAGGUGAGCCGUGGAGGAGAGGUGGUCAUGCUGGCCAAAGCUCACACAGAUGUGGAUAUCCGGGCCUUCAAGAUCGCCUUUUUUGACGAUACCAGGUUUGUUUGCAGCAGAAGUGGGCAUGUUUUAGAAAUUGACUACAAGAAUGUCACUGUCAAAAAUGUCCGUCGCCUUUUGCCCUUGGAGACGGGACCCGCUCCUCAGCGAGAGAAGCAAGCUUUUAAUUCAGGUCCUGGGAUAUCCCUAAACAGCAUCUGCCUCUCUUCAAGUUUCUGUGCCACUGCCUCUGAUGAUGGCUACCUGCGCCUAUGGCCAUUGGAUUUCUCAGAAGUCUUCCUGGAGGCAGAGCACAACAAUCCAGUGAGUUCGGUUCGAAUCAGCCCAGACAACCUGAAGGUUUUGUGCACCACUGCCACCGGGAACGUGGGCUGCCUGGACAUCCAGUCGAGGAAUUACUGCACGAUUAUGCGAUCCCACGUGGGCACGGUCUUGGCGUUUUCAGUGGACAGUUCCCAGAAACAGCUGGCGACGGUGUCCGAAGACAAUACCAUUCGCAUCUGGAAUGUCGAAUCUAUGCAGCAGCUUUAUGAAUUCACGGCCUCCGAUGAAAUCCCGUGCGCUGUGGCUUUUCAUCCCUCGCAGCCUAUUUUUGCUUGCGGCUUUGACACUGGCGUGGUCAGGACCAUCAGCUUGGCUGCCUCAAGACUACUAGAAGAACACAAGCAGCACCGAGGACUGAUCACAGGUCUGACCUUCUCUCCAGACGACCAUUUCAUGUACAGUUCCUGCACACAUGGGACGCUGAGUCUUUAUAACUGUGCCGUCCAGAAAAGUCACACUGUCCGAGUGUUAGCUAAUGUGGUGUCCCAAGACGCUGACCAUGGUCCUGACGCUUUGUCCGUCAGUUGCGACGGACGUCUCUUGGCCUUUGUGGGGCCUUCCAAAUACAUCGUCACCCUCAUGGACGCCCAUACUCUGGAUGAGCUACUAAGAAUCGACGUGAGCAUUCUGGAUCUGGACAGCACGGCCCUGGAUGUUGCAUUGAGACUUUGCUUCGCCCCUUUUCCUCUCGGCCCUCUUUUGGUGUCAACCUCCUCCCAGAAAAUCCUAGUGCUGGAUGCCAAGUCUGGACGCUUAAUCCGAGUGGUCCCUCAAGUUCACAGACAGUCCUGUUCUUCUCUAACGCUGAGUCCCGAUGGCCGGUAUGUUCUCACAGCCGGUGAUAGAACUAUCAAAGUGUGGGAUUAUGAAAUGAGAUUUGAUGUCAGCUGCCAGGUGUUCAUCGGUCACUCUGAACCAAUACAGCAGGUGAGGUUCACUGCUGACCAAAAACAGGUCUUCAGUGUUGGAGACGCCAUCUUCCUUUGGGAUUUCCUAGGUGUCUUUGCAGAGGAGUCCUUCAGGGAUGAGACCGAUUCUCCUGGGCCCUUAGUGGUUCUUCAAGUUGACCCUAAUUUGGAGAAGGUACAAAAUUCACCUCCUGGCUCCAGUGAUGCCCCCCGCCAGCUGGUUCCUUUGCCUACCGUGGUGUCUCCUCCAUGUCUGGAUCUCAGCGCUCUCCACCGACUGGUGGAGCAGGACACUUGGUCUGACUCUGAAGAAGAAAGAGAAGCCUGCUUGAAAGGAAAGAAUGGGGAAGCUGUUAACGGGACUGCUGGUCACUCAGUUCUUGUGCUGAAUGACAUUAUCCAACAUGAAGGGCCUCUGCCUGUGAAACCUGACCUCACUCCAAUUUGUUCAAGCCCUCACAGUCCUGCAGGAAGUGACAGAGGAAAAGAAACAAAAGGGUCGUUACCCCAAAAUAUCAUCCGGCCAGACUGCUACCGGCACUUCAUACCCCGUUUCAAAUCUUCUGCACCUUCCAAGGUCUUUUCUUCUCCAACUGCUAACGAGACUCUGAAGCUGAAAGCUGUGAUUGGCUACAAUGGGAACGCCCGAGGGAACAUGGUGUGGAACCCUGACACAGGUUUCUUCGCCUACAGCUGUGGUUGUGUGCUGAUUGUGGAAGACUUGCACUCUGGAUCCCAACAGCAUUGGCUGGGUCACCCGGAGGAGAUUUCAACCUUAGCUCUCAGUCAUAAUGCCCAGGUUCUGGCCUCGGCCUCUGCCCAAGGUGGGGGAGACCGGCGGUGUCAAAUGUGCAUCUGGAACGUACAAAAUAGGACUUGUGAAAAAAUCCUCUUUCAUCACGAAAACCAAGUGCAAGCCAUGGCAUAUUCUCAAGACGACCGCUUCCUUGUCACGCUAGGAGAUUAUGUAGACAGAGUCGUUGCCUUGUGGAACUCCCAGACUUACGACCUCGUGUCCUCCACCCGUCUUGCUGAACCUGUACACGACCUGGCCUUUAAUCCCCUUUCCGUGGGACAGCUUGCCUGCGUGGGGAAGGGAGCUGUGACCUUCUGGCUGAUGAAGCAACAGGGCUCGGACAUCAGCCUCAAGGUCCAGCGAGUCCCUGUUCCUGAUGCUCUUGCUGGGGUGGAGCUCACAUCCAUGUGCUACAGCUCUGGUUGUCUACUUUACACUGGGACUAGCACAGGGCAGAUUUGCAGCUGGGACACGGAGACCAAUUGUUGCUUCAUGACUUGGGAGGCUGUGGACGGCGAGAUUGGAGUACUUCAGUGUCGCCAUAACCGGCUGGUCAGUGGCAGCAAUACCAAGAAGAUCCAGAUUUGGUCAGUGGCCGCAGUCCAAGAGCUGAGAGUCAAAGGAUCUGAUGCCAGAUCUAACUCCGUUCUCUUGGAGCAGGAAAUCACUCUCGAUGGGACCAUUGUGAGCGCCGCUUUUGAUAAUGACAUGGACAUGGGCAUUGUGGGAACCACCGCAGGGACCUUGUGGUACAUCAACUGGACAGAGAACACCAGCAUCCGGCUAAUCAGCGGCCACAAGAACAAGGUGAGUGAGGUGGCCUUCAGUCCCGGAGAGUCUCAUUUUGCCACCUGCGCGGAGGACGGAAGCGUCAGGGUUUGGUCCCUGGCUAGCUUGGAGCUGGUGGUGCAGUUUCAAGUGCUCAAUCAGAGUUGCUUGUGCUUGGCCUGGAGCCCAGUGCCCACCUCCAUCAAUGGGCUCGAAAGCCAACAUAUUGUGGCGGGCUAUAGCGAUGGCACCAUCCGCCUAUUCAGCAUUUCCUGGACGGAGAUGGAAUUGAAAAUGCACCCGCAUUCCGUGGCCGUCAGGGCACUUGGAUAUUCUGCAGACGGGGAAAUCAUCCUAUCAGGAAGCAAGGAUGGAUUGAUUGCCAUUAAUAGCCCACGUACAGGGAUGACCAUCAGAGUCCUUACUGACCACCGACCUUCGGCCAUUAACGUUAUCCAGUGCACCAGAAAACCGUACACCGAACUUGGGACUGAAGGAAGCGAUCUUUGGCUGGCCUCCAGCAGUGAUCGACGUGUCAGUGUCUGGAUUUCUGACUGGUCGAAGGACAAAUGUGAGAUCAUUGAUUGGUUAAGCUUUCCAGCCCCCACAGGUCCUGAGAUUCCCAGCCCCCUACCUCCUAGCCUGGCAGCGUUUUGCCCUUGGGAUAAAAGUACUAUUGCUUACGUCGGCUUUGGGUUGCAGAAAGAGAUCCUCUUCUACAGCUUGCAGCAGAAACAGGUCAUCGAGAAGAUUCCCUUGCCUUCCUUUGCCACUUCACUCAGCCUGUCUCCAGUUGCCUGCACCAUAGCUGUUGGCUUCAGCGAACGGAUGUUGAGGCUGAUUGAUCGCGCAACAAAGACCUCGGAGGACUACGCGGGCCACAACGACACCAUUUGCCUCUGCAGAUUUGCCCCCUCCGGGAAACGCCUCUUCACAGCCUCCUACAAUGAGAUCCUGGUGUGGGAAGUCCAGAGCAGCUCAGCAAAGUAGCUUGAUCAGGCCGUCUGAAACAUGAGCCAAAAAGUCUUGGUCGGAUGUUAUGGGAGAUGGCUGAUUCUCACUGGCUCUCUGACCCAAUACAGUUGGCAGAUACAUCAGUUGCAAGAGAGCUCCUUAUCACCUCUGAGAUUGGCAGGUGGCAUCUCUCCAGGCAUCUCUCCUUCUUAAAAGUGGGGUGAUUUUCAGAAUCAGUGGGCCAAGCCGCUGAUUUUAAUAACCGAUUUCCAUACCUGUGAUGUCCUGUACAAGAAUGUGUGAAUUUUAAGUAAUAUGCCAACCUCAGCUAAAGUGUCUGGCCCAGAGAAGGUCUGUUGUAUUGCAGUUGGUUUUGUUCCCUUUCUUUUUAAUAGCAUUGUCAAAUGUAUAUAUGUAUAUUUCUCUACAUAUUUUUCUACAACGAAAAUAACUUUUUAAAAAAAUCAUCAUCCUCCUCCUCCUCUCCCAGAACUCGGUUUUGAUUUUAUAGUUUUGUAGUUGCUGGUUACACUUUCAAGUGAACUUUUAGCUGAGAAGGAAUGCCUCCGGUUUUCUCACUAACAGAAUCACAAAAAGCGAUUUUAAAACAAAACAAAACGAAAAAGAAACACCGCUGAGGGUUAACUGCUGAGUACGCUUUAAAAGUACAGGUUUACCUUUUAAAGAAUGUAUUUUAAAGAUCAGGAACUUUCCAGGCUCGUUUGAUACUCAGAAUUUAUAAAGAUAAUGAGUUUUGUUUUUAGAAUGCACGAAACACAAGUUUGUUCCUCAGGUAGUGUGAUCUGAUACCAGCAGUUCAACAGGUAUUUCUUUCCUUUCUUAACCUCGGCCUCUAACAACAGAAGAAACAACAUUCACAUUGCACUUGUUUUUGUUUGUAAUUUAUAACGAAAGAAAAGAAUUGGACUUGUUUAAAUUUUUUUAAAAUUUCAAAUAAACGAAUAGUUUUAUGUGUUCAACCUCUGCCGCUUUCUCUUGUUCCAGAAGUUAAGACAAUUCAGCAAAAUGCUCUUUCAUACAACCCCACCCCCAAAACCAGCCCC